CAUAUGCGCACAUAUGUACCACGCGCACUCAUACACACACACACACACACACACGCAGAGAUCUACGCGCGCGCUGAUGCAACUUCGCUCCGUCACUCACAAACACCCACUCAUACAAACACGCACACACACACGUACAGUCACAUGUAUAUACACACACAUAUACACAUACAUACACAUAUACACUCUCUCUCUCUGUCUCUCUCUCUCUCUCUCACACACACACACACACACUAAUGAAAUGAGGCACUUGUAUGAAAUACGCUUUUGCCCUUCAUCGUUCAGCUCUAUUUCUAUCAAUCUGUGAAGUAUGGUGCUAAACGAGGCCGGCUUCUAUAGAGGGCGGCAGAAGCAACUACAGCAGCAGCAGCAACAGCAGCAACAACAAGAACAGCAGACGCAGCAGCAGAAGCAGCAGCAGAAAAGAGGUAGUAGACAGAAGUGCGAAGUGUCCAACACCGUCGACUACUACAACCACCACUACCACUACCACCCCUACAAGUAAAACUACCGACAUCGACAGAACACUUACCACAAGAACAGCCACCACGACAACCAACAACAGCAGCAGCAGUAGCACCUUAAUAAAAAACACAGGCCACUGUUACAAGCAUUAUCAUAACAGGGAAAAACAACAGCAACUAUUACUAUUACUAUUACUACUACUACUAUUACAGCUAUUACUACAAUAACAACAGUAAUUACGACACAGACCACUCCACGCGCUACCGCUACCAGUGACAACAACAGCGGACGCGACCACCACAAUUUCACAACUAACAAAACCUACAGUGUCAGAACCAGAGCUACGCAGUAAUAGGAACAUUACCUUUCAGCAUCAACAACAUUAAGGACGCGAUGCCGCCGCCGCCGCCGCUAGCGAACGCUCGUCGUGUUUUCAAGGGAUUCCCUUUCACUAGUCUGUCCCUUUCUAUGUUGGUGCUUCUGUUCUGUUCGUGUCUGCUAAAUCCGACCCAGGGAUUCUUACACAAUCGAAUCAGUUAUGAAGAUGACCUAAUGGAAGACGAUCUGACACACCAAGACAUUACCGAAAUUGGUGUUACGAGGGCGGCUGGCUAUUACCUCGGUGCUUCCCCGAAAAUAUUACCCAAUAUCAACAACACUGACCCCAAGGGGUGGUUUGAGGAAAACUUCAAACGGGUUGCCAACCCGGACAAUUUCUGGAAUGCUAUCCAAGACAUAGUUAAACAUAGGGAACUGUACAACCGGCGAUGGAAAUCAGACGCUUUGAAGAACAUGAAUGGGGAACGAAUCAACGAAGGUUCCCUAGAACUUUUGAUUUUGAAGAAUACAUUGCUUGCAUCUUUGAAGUACUCUUCAGUGUAUUCAUCCUUGAGAGUAUACGUUGCCCAGGCACUCCAUCUGCUUCAAUCAUUCUACAGUAAUACUAACUGGGUCGAAAUGCAUGGAGACGCCGUAAGCGAAGACCUUGGCAUGGAAGAACGAGAGUUUUAUGUCGCAGACACAUUUCAGGAUACAUGUAAAAACUGCUCAAUUACUGGAACAUGCCGAAAUAACAUCAUCGUAAGAAACAUCCUCACAAGUGGUUAUCGAAGUGGCCAAGACACUAAGAAACCACGGUGGAACCGUCCUGUUUACUGGAAUGGCAAAAAAGUUAAUGUGCAAAAAAAUCCAAAUGAAGGUAAAUGCAGUCAUGGUGGAAAAUUCGAUGAAAGCCGGAAAGAAACGCCAUCUGGUGGAAUAAACAAAGAUUCCAGCAAUCCCUUAUUGUCACCACAUCACUAUCUUCAUCGCGCUGCAGCAUGGGCAGCAAUUAAAGCAACAGAGAAGUUUUUUACUCACGAAAAACAUGGAAUAUUUAAGAACAUGACUCAUAAACAGAUCCAAGGGUUGUUUAACAUUCGACUCACUCGCAGUUCCCUAGUUUUUGUCAUCGAUAGCACCGGUUCGAUGAAAGAAGAAAUUGUUGCUGUAAAAGACAAGACUGUGCAGAUUGUCGAAAAAACAAAAGGCAAGAGGAAUGCACCAACAUCAUUUAUUCUGUCGACUUUCAGUGAUCCAGAACGUAUGACAGAAGUCAGGCAAACGAACGACGCCGACGAGAUGAUAGACUGGCUGCGUAACAUACAGGCGGCCAACGGAGGAGACUGUGAGGAGUAUGCUCUCAGUGGAUUGGAGAAAGCAAUCGAACGGGCGACUCCGGAAUCGCAGGUGUAUCUCUUUACCGACGCUCCACCCAAGGAACCAGCCAAGUUUGAAAGUGUACUAACGAAAGCCAUAAAGAAACGUAUUAGAAUCACACCAAUUCUUUCUCGUGGUUGUGGAAAAGACAGAAGAAGGCGAGAGGCUUCAGAUACAAUUGAUUAUGAUUUCGAUAAAAUCGACAGCUGGUAUAAAAUAUUCGACCAGCUUGCAGAUAAAACAGGAAGUCAAGUUUAUGUGACCAAUGAGAAGCAGUUGGAAAAUACCCUUACUGUACUCGAAGAAAAUUUAGUUGAAUAUCCCGUAGAAAUCAUGCGUUCCACACUCCACCCAGCGGAUCAAAGUUAUUUGGAGAUUUAUGUCGAUAAGAACCUCUGGGACCUUCGAAUCACGAUCGACACGGCUGGGGACACGUUUUCCAUAAGCUUCUAUAAUCCCGAUGGAAAAUGGACAUUAGAACGGACAACUAACGAGCAGAAGCCGAAACGUUGGCUUGUGAAAGUCAUUGCACAGAGUGAAGUCGACUUCUCAGUGAACCUCUAUGACAACGAAGAUGGCGUGAAAUUUGAGAUUUCUGGUCGGCCCAUUGCAGGGACGAAGAUUACGGCACAGGUGAGAGUUCCCAAAGUUAAACUGAUCGGGAAAUUGGACGAGAUAUUCUUAUCCGAUAAAUACGGUAAUAUUCUUUUGAAAGCCAACCUGAAACAAGGCAAACAUCGCAGAAGCCAAAGCUUCAGAGGAAAGUUCGCUAUUCCGAAAACAGUGAGUUGA